AUGCGCGGCGAGAGCGAGGGCGGAGCCGCGGCCGGAGCUCGCGCGUUGAGAUCAUCGCUCGUCGGCGUGGACCCGAGUGGGCCGCCGCGUGCUGCGUCAGCCGUAGUGGGCGCGCAGCGUGCACGGACGCGCGUUGAGAUAAUCGCCCGCAGAGAACACAAGGGAGACCGCAUCGCCCUGUGGACCUCCAACGCUGACAGCAGCGAGGCCGUCAUUACCAUCGGGCGUGUGUACAAGCGCAGGCUGGGCUUGCCUGCCGACACGAUCAUCGCUUAUCAGGCACACGGAGACAGCAUGGCCAAGAGCGGACAGCCCUGGGCGGACAGCGCCCGGCAGACAUCGGCGCGGUCGGACAGUGAGAGAGCAGGGGGCGGAGAGACAGCGGGAAGGCACGGGGGGACGCCCAAGCGGGAGACGGAGCGCCAGGAGGAGGAGGAGCGCCAGGAGGAGGAGGCGGGCGUCGGCGCCGCGGGGGCGGAAGAGGGCGCGGCGCACGGAGGCGAGGGCGGCGUGCUCGCGUUCCGCCGGCUGCGAAGCGGCAGGCGGCGCCGGCAGAAGCGCGGCUGGCUCAUCCCGGCGAUCAACGUCCCCGAGAACGACCGCGGGCCCUUCCCCAAGGGGCUGGUGCAGGUGAAGAUCAAAUCGAACACGCGCGGGAAAAUCCGCUACAGCAUCGUGGGGCCCGGCGCCGACCAGAAGCCCACGGGGGUGUUCGUCGUAAACUCCGUGACCGGGCGCCUCUCGGUCACCAAGACCCUGGACCGUGAGCUAAUCGCAGAGUAUCUGCUCAAGGCCCACGCGGUGGACAUGAAGGGGCAUCCGGUGGAGAACCCCGUGAAGCUCGUCAUCAACGUCAUCGACAUGAACGACAACCGGCCCGAGUUCGCCACGCCCGUUUUCCAGGGCUCCGUGGCUGAGGGAUCCCCACCAGGCACGGCGGUGAUGAGGGUCGAGGCGAGCGACAAGGACGACGCCUUAACGGCCAACGGCAUGAUCCGCUACAAGAUCAUGUCGCAGGCCCCCAAGGUGCCCUUGGAGCGCACGUUCACCAUCGACAACGCCACGGGCGUCAUCAGCACCAUCGCCGCCGGGCUGGACCGCGAGAGGACGCCGCAGUACGUGCUGGUGGUGCAGGCCUUGGACAUGGAGGGCGACCCGGACAUCGGCCUCGCAAACACGGCCACCGCCAUCGUCGCCAUCACCGACAAAAACGACAAUGCCCCCGAGUUUACGGGCAUAACCUUCAGCGGUACGGCGCGCGAGAACGCGGUGAACGUGACGGUGACGACGCUGACGGCGACGGACGUGGACGAGCCCGGCACGCCGGCGUGGCGCACUCGCUACGUCGUCCGCGGCGGGGACCCCGGCAAGAACUUCGCCGUGGAGACCGACCCCCGCACCAACGACGGCAGGCUCUACGUCGUCAAGCCCUUGGACUUUGAGAGCUCGUCCAAGUACAACCUCGUCGUCGCCGUGGAGAACGAGGCGUCGCUCGAGAGCGCCGAGUUCGGACCGGCGAGCAUCGCGACCGUCACCGUGACGGUGGAAGACGAGAACGAGGGGCCGACGUUCAAGCCGCUGCGGCGGGAGGUGAAGCUCCCCGAGGGCCUCCCCGUGGGCCACCACGUGACCACCGUGGUGGCCCGUGACCCCGACACCGCGCAGGGGCAGGCCGUGCGCUACAAGAAGCUUUGGGUGCCGGGCGACUGGCUGGACAUCGACCCCGUGAGUGGCAAGGUGACCACGGCCGUGGUGCUGGACCGCGAGGCGGCCCUGGUGCAGGGCAACACCUACACGGCCACCUUCCUGGCCACGGAUGACGGCGACCCCGUGGCGAGCGGCACGGGGACGCUGGCGCUGCUGCUGUCGGACGUCAAUGACAACGCCCCCGUCGCCCGGCCCGACGAGGCCGCGGUGUGCGGCGCGCCGGGCGGCGCCGUCGACGUCACCGCCAGGGACGCCGACGAGGACUUCAACGGCGCUCCCUUCGGCUUCCGGCUGGCGCCCGGGAACCCCGCCGCCGACGACAACUGGACCAUCCACCGGGUGGACGGCGGCGGCUCGCAGCUGCGCAUGAAGACGGCGCUGCCCGAGGGCCUCUACUUGGUGCCGCUGCUCGUCACGGACUCGGGCAACCCCGCGAUGAGCGCCGUGUCGGAGCUCCAGGUGAAGGUGUGCGCCUGCGACCGGCGUGGCGACUGCGUCGGCCGCGACGCCGCCGGCGGCCUCAACGCCGCCGGCGCCGAGGCCGCCCUCCUCUGCCUGCUGCUGCUGCUGCUGCUUCUCGUCCUGGCGCCGCUCUUCGUCGCUCGCAAGAGGCGCCGCGACGAGAAACCGCUCUGCGACCCCGAGGACGAGGAGGAGGGCGGCGACGUCUUCACGUACGACGACGACGACGAGGGCGGGAGAGAGGAGGACCGGGACUACGACCCGGCGCUGCUGCUGGUUCGGCUCCCGAGCGAGCUGCCGCCGCCGCGCCGCGAGGGCCCCGGCGUGCGCCACCUGGACGAGCGGCCGUCGCUGGCCGAGCCGCGCUACCCGCACCCCAGCGACAUUGGCGACUUCAUCAGCGAGGGCCUGCGCACGGCCGACGACGACACGACAACACCGCCCUACGACUCGCUGCACGUGUUCCACCACGAGGGGGACGGCUCCCUGGCCGGCUCGCUCAGCUCGCUCAGCUCGCUCGGCUCUUCGAGCGCGGGCGACCACGACUACUACGAGCGUCUCAACUCGUGGCGGCCGCGCUUCCGUAAGCUCGCCGACAUGUACGGCGGCGGCUGUGACAACUGA